UAGAAAAAGAUACAUUCAGAUUGCGGGAAAUCGGAGGGUCGGUAGUUUAGGAGAUAAAAAGAAAGGCAAACGAUUUCCAGCAUGCCUCGUUACAAAGAUGAUCAGCCGGCCGUUCGCGUCUACACAGUCUGCGAUGAAUCCAGAUAUUUGAUUGUGAGGAACGUUCCCGCGUUGGGAUGUGGCGAUGAUUUGUUGAAACUCUUUGCUAAUUACGGAGACGUUGAAGAAUGUAAACCAAUGGAUGCUGAAGAUUGUGAGCAAUUUACCGAUGUUUAUUGGAUCAAAUUUCAACUCAUCAGCAAUGCCAGGUUUGCAAAGAGAAAAUUGGACGAGUUUGUCUUCUUGGGGAACCAUUUACAGGUCUCAUAUGCUCCUGAGUUUGAGAGCCUUGAUGACACCAAGGAUAAGUUAGAAGGCAGAAGAAAAGAAGUCCUUGCAAGAUUGAAUCCUCAAAGAUCUAAGGGGCAACCAGUUCAUCGCCUGCUCUCUUCCAAUGAAGCUCCAUCACUUUCGGCUUCAUCUCAUAUUAUUCCAAAUCAGAUAAAUUCAAGGUUGUGGAAUUUUGGAGAUUCAGAGUAUGAGUCUCACAGUAAGAACGCUCCUAUAACAAGAGUUUCAUCUGAUCAGGAGUACUUCCCCUCCCAGUCAAUGAAUCAGACAGUUAAAACGGUCAGGGACAAACUCAAUAAGAUUCAAUCAAGCACCGAGCAUUUGCAAGCUGGGCCUACACCGAAAAAACCACGAGCGGACAAUAGAAGAAGAAUCUGAUCAUACUUUUGGCGUGGGUAUGAACAAGUACGAUAUGUUAAUUUCAUGUUUGAUCUUUGGCAUUGAAAUUUUCAUUUUGGUUGAAGUAUUUGUGUUUGACGCUCGUGUUGAAUACGAACAUAUACGGCAUAUUGUAUCAAUCAUAUAGCUGUAUCUUCUUGUUUUUGGGAAUUUGAAAACAUUGCUGAUGUUAAUGAUAACUUGUUUUUCAGUCCAUCAUAUGUUGAUGUGACCCAUGUACC